GGAUGAAAAUUAAAACACUCUGGUCUGACGACUGAGCAGAUCAUACGAGGACGGCUGAAAAAUGGCAGUUAAGACAGCAACAACAACGCACAAAGUCGCUGCUUUGAUUUUAGGGCUGUGCGCGGAUCUUUCGCUCUUUUACGCGUCAGGAUUUGUGGUAACUCACAGCGUCUUUGGGAAUCUUGCGCGUUUAUGGGUGUCCGCGGCUCUCCGGUGGUUAACACUGUCUGCUGUUACGCUGCUCACACUCGGGGAGCUCAAACCGUUGCUGACUCGUUUUAUAACGGCGCACAGUCUGCUACCCGCGGUGUUUGAGAGCGGCUCCAAGGCGCUUUACACCGAGGAGAGCCAAUGUGGCCAAGUGGCGGAUGCGCGCUGCUGGAUGAUGGCUGCAGGAGCGUCUCUAGCUGCUGCGCUGUUUUGGGAGAUCACAGUCCCGGAUAGCGACGAAGCAGCCACCGGUAAAGAGAAGAAACAGAAGGCCAGAGUGCUGUUUAUGAGGGUCCUCUACAUGUUCAAGCCCCACUAUCUGCUGCUGCUCGGAGGUCUGGUGUUUCUGUCUCUGGCAGUCAUCUGUGAGAUGUUCAUCCCGUUCUACACAGGGAGAGUCAUCGACAUCCUUGGCAGUCAUUACCAGUCCAGUGAAUUCCUAUCUGCACUCCUCUUCAUGGGCCUGUACUCUGUGGGAAGUUCUGUGAGUGCCGGCUGCAGAGGGGGUCUCCUACUUUGUGCCAUCAAUGUUUACACCUGCAGAGUGAAAGUUAUGCUGUUUGGGGCUUUGACCAAACAGGAAAUUGCAUUCUUUGAGACCAUAAAAACAGGUGAAAUCACGUCUAGAUUGGCUAAAGACACCACCCUGAUGGGAAGAACGGUGUGUCUGAAUGUCAACGUGCUGCUGAGGACGUUGAUCAAGACUCUGGGCAUGAUCUCCCUGAUGAUGAAUCUUUCAUGGAAGCUCACAUUCCUUGUACUGAUGGAGACACCUGUCACUGGCCUCAUACAGAACAUCUAUGACACAUACUACCAGAGGUUGUACUUGGCAAUGCAGGACUCAAUGGCUCUGGCAAAUGAAACUGUGAAUGAGGUCGUGUCCGGUAUUCGUGUCGUACAGAGCUUUAACACCAAAACACAUGAGGCCCGUCGCUAUGACAACUGCUUGAUGGACAUUCACAAACUUAAAACCCGCCGGGACACUGUGAGGGCUAUUUACCUGCUUGUGCGGAGGUUGACAGGACUGGGCAUGCAGGUCAUCAUGUUAUACUAUGGAAGACUUUUCAUCCAGAGGGGGCAGAUGACCACUGGCAACCUGGUGUCCUUCAUCCUCUACCAGUCAGAUCUUGGAGACAACAUUAGGACACUCACCUACAUCUUUGGGGAUAUGCUGAACUCAGUGGGGGCUGCUGGAAAAGUGUUUGAGUACCUGGACCGAAAACCUCAGGUCAGCACAGAUGGAGAACGCAAACCAGAUCAGUUGACGGGACACGUCAGCUUCCGCGGCGUCAACUUUGCUUAUCCUACAAACCCGAACAAAACAGUGCUGCAGGACUUUACCUUGGAGCUGAAGCCAGGUCAGAUGACAGCACUGGUGGGUUCAUCUGGGGAAGGAAAAAGCACCUGUGUGAGUCUGCUGGAGCGAUUCUAUGAGCCGCAGGAUGGAGAAAUCCUCCUGGAUGGCUUACCAUUGGAAUCCUACGACCACAGUUUCCUGCACAAGAAGAUUGCAGUGGUGAGCCAGGAACCUGUGCUGUUCUCUGGCUCCAUCAAAGACAACAUCACUUACGGGCUUCCUGACUGCUCAUUGGAUGAGAUCCAGGAAGCAGCACGCAAAGCCAACGCCCACGACUUCAUCAGGCAGCUGGAUAAAGGCUACGAUACAGAGGUGGGUGACAGUGGGAGCCAGUUAUCCAGGAGUGAGAGGCAGCAGAUCGCCAUCGCUCGAGCUCUGGUCAGACAACCACAGGUCCUCAUUCUGGAUGAAAUCACCAGCUCUCUGGACACCGAGAGUGAAAAUAAGGUUCAGCAGGCCCUGGCUAACUGUCCCAACCAGACCCUUCUGGUGAUCGCUCACAGGCUGAAGACCAUUGAGAAAGCAGAUCAGAUUGUUGUGAUCAGUGGUGGCAAAGUUGGGGAGCAAGGCACUCACCAGGAACUGAUGGACAUGAAGGGGAGCUACUACAAGUUGAGAAUGGAGCAUUUCACUGAGGAGAAUUCCCCACAGUGACACACUACUGUCUGUGUACUGUGCUGAGGCUGCAGCUUCUUCUGCGUUCUGUACGACUGUGUUGCAUGUGUUUGGCAGCAGCAACCAACAGCAGCUAAACCUUGUAAAAAAUGUGAGAACAAGCUGCAGUUUAUGUAAAUAUUCAGGUAAUAUUUGUUAUGUAUGAGUAAUGAAAAUGAAACAGCAUUUUUUUUUCAGAAGUAGUUGUUCUUGUUUAUUUUGCAGACAAAUAAAAUUUGUGUGAUGUUUUCCUAAGUGAUAUAUUGAUAUCAUGUUAUAUUUUUUCCCUUUGUUCCCUGGUAUUUAGUUAUGCUGAAUAAAUGUUUGAAACAACAUGUCAUGGUUACCACUAUAAAGCUUGAUUAAUGAUCAGACAAGUCAAAGGUUGGUUUAUGGACUCGAUGUCUCAAAUAAAAGAAUAAUCAGCAGCAUCAGA